CAUGUGUGUAAAUGAAACAGUGAGAGAAGUGGUGUGUUGGCAAUGAUUAGAACGAAAUAGUUCCAUAGCCAAAAUAUAUAUUUUUUGACUUUCCGCGUGUAUUUAAGAAUUUGUGUGGGUAUUUGUUAAGUUUGAACAUUUUUUUAAAUCUCUGGUGAAAUAAAAACGUUAUGUUAACGGUAAAAAAAUAUUACGUGCCGAAACCGUGGUCGCGCAUUAAUAAUGUUAAUAGUCACUUGAUUGUUUUCUCUUUCAGCCGUUUGCAGUCUGCACAGAUUACGCCAUAUUGCAGUGUGUUUUAAUAUAUUACUGACCGUGAAAUAACGUACAGUUUGUGUUUCAGGAUUUUGUGUUAAUAUUGUGUAUUUUAACUUUGUUAUAUUAUUUAUUAUCUACUAUUGUAAUGAUGGAAUUUGUUAUCGUUUUGAUAUUUUGUGUGGUUCUUGUGAUUGCUGUAAUGGUAAUUGGUUCCGGAAUGGGGAAAGCUACUUCUUCGCAGCGUCAGAUGGACAUCAUUAACGUCGCUCAGAACUUAUAUGUUUUAAUUAAAAAAGGCGACUUGAAGAAAUGUGACGUUACGCAGACGACCGCGUUUCUUCUCAACAUCGCAAAGUCAACUGUUCUCAAGUACUACAAGAAAGACAUUGAAGAAGUUUCAACACCAGGAAAAAAGAGGAAAAAAAGGCCACAGGAAGGAAAGUCACUUGACACAGUCGACGAUUUCACAGUAAAUGCAAUCAGGAAUGCAAUUUACAGGAUGUACGCUGAAGGUUUGAAUGUUACAGUCGACACCAUUUUGAAAGAAAUCAGGGAAAGACAAAUAGAUUAUUAUGGUGGAAGAUCAAGUCUUCAUAAAUUGUUAAAGAAGAUGGGAUUUUCAUGGACAACUGUUGAUGGACGAAAAGCUUUGAUAGAGAAUGAAAACAUAGUAUUGAAGCGAAUAGAUUUCUUGAGAAAGUAUAAAGAAGAAAAAGAAAGAGGUGCCAAUUUCAUAUUUGUUGAUGAAACAUGGAUUUUCCAGAGAGGCAAGGCAUUAAUUUAUUUGAAAAUUUGUUCUGUGGUCCAAUACAAAGUAUUUCAUUUCCAUUUCAUAUAUUUUUCAGGAACUGUAUCAAAGUCAUGGCAGGACAAGAGUCUACAAUCUGCGAAGAGACGUACUGUUGGAGAUGGUAAAAGGUUUAUUGUUGUUAAUGCUGGAGGGCGCACUGGCUUUGUGCCAGGAGCAGGAUUACUUUUUGUUUCAGGUCAGAAGACUGCAGACUACCAUGGCGAGAUGAAUGGGGAAACUUUCUUGAUGUGGUUUGAAGACAUGUUGGUGCAUCUGGAGGAACCCAGUGUCAUUAUAAUGGACAAUGCUUCAUAUCACAGCACCCAGAUGGGCGAGGUGUGUGGAUCACGUGGAGAAGCUAAUUCAAGCAGACUGGGAGAGAGAAGUCCACAUAGACAGCGGCACCAUUCCUCCACUCAUCAUCCACCUCGGCGAGGAUAGUUCAAGUGAAGACAGUGACAGCGAAGAAUUUGAGGUUACGACACAGCAAGUAGAUGGAGACAGUGAAGUACUGGCAGUUCCUCUUGAUGAUUUACCCGGGUGUUCUUAUUGAGGUCUGUAUGUAAUAAACAUCUGGGCAACUGUAA